AUUUUCUAACACACAAAUAGAAUAUCAAAUAAAUCUAUGAGUUGAUUCUCUAUAUUUUAAAGUUAGAAUAUUAUUUUGGUCUCAUUUUGAUGUUUGGUUAGUCUUACAACAUAUACUUCUAGAUUUCUAAUUUUAAUAUUUGUACUUUCAAGAAUAUCUUAAAUGCCCCGCUAACUUUAAAAAGUCAAAAAGUUAUUUUUUAUUAAUUAAAUAUGGAUUACGAUAUUACAAAUUUUAUUAAUUAUUAUUAAUGAUAAAGUGUUGAAUAUAUACAAAUCCUCAAAAUGAUUAAAUUAAAUUUGUAACCAACUUCUAAAUUAAGGAUUAAGUGACGUAUAAUUAUAAUUAUAAUUAAACUUUAGUAAUCUACACUAUGGAGCCCGAAAGUUCAGCAUAUCUCCCCAAACAGUCCAACUUAGUCUAUAUGCUUUCUCCACUCAUCUUUGCUCGAUCCUCGAGUUUGAUUUUGUUAUGACCUCAAAUCCGUCAGCAGAGAAUUGGGUUUCCACUAUAUAUUCAAUUUGGGAUUUGGGUUUUUUGCUUUAUCGUCAUCUUCUUUUUUUCCCAAUCCACACCUAUUUAAUACAAUUUCUUGUUCUUUUUCACCUGAAGAUGGCCAGUGGUAUCUUUCGUGGUCUGUUUUACUAUCUGUUUUUUGUGUAUUUGGCAUUUUCUUUCGUGGGAUUGCAGAAUUUUGUUCUGGGUCGGUUGAUUUUCGUUUCAAAACCCGACCCGGAUAAUGCUGCGGCCACUGCUCGUUGGUUGGUUUCUCAGAAUUCAUGGGGAAUCUUGAGCACCAUCUCAAGUGAUUUUGGGGGAGCGCCUUUUGGGAAUGUGGUUUCGUUUAGUGACGGGCCGCCCAACGAAGGCCAAGGCAUACCAUAUUUCUACUUAACUACUCUCGACCCAACUGCGAAGUAUGCAAUCUCUGACGAGAGAGCUUCAUUUACACUCAGUGAAUACCCUAUUGGAACUUGUGGCAAGAUUGAUCCAGAAAACCCAACGUGCGCAAAAAUUACAUUGAUCGGGAAGCUGAAGCAGGUGGAGCCUAAUUCCAAAGAAGUAGAGUUUGCUAAAACUUCCUUGUUCUCAAAGCAUGCAGAGAUGAAAAACUGGCCCAAGGAUCACGACUUUCGAUUCUACAAAUUGGUAAUAGAGAGCAUAUUCUUGAUCGAUUGGUUCGGUGGACCUAAGCCUCUUACAGUUGAUCAAUAUCUUCAUUUCAAACCGAAUGAGCUCACAUCCACUAUAUGAAUUUGUACAAUCUGAUCUUCCUUGUUCAUAUCAGCUUCCUGGGUAUAAACCGUAGAGAGUUUGUACAGAAUCAUUGCUUGUGGGUGGUGGGAGUUAUGGGAAGAAUAUAGAUGCAUUCAUUUAUUGUCCAGAUUCUAGAGUUGCUGAUGGGGGUUUCAAUUGUGUAUUAUUAUGAAUGAAUAAAUUUGUAAGAAGAAGUUUGAUAAAUGUGUUUAUGAUAUUGAACUCUUAAAAGUAACUAAUUAUUACUACCGAA